GGACAAGCUUCUCUCUUUUUUUCCCCUGAAAACAUAAGACUUUUUUUUAUCACAGCUAUCAGUGUACAUCUAUCUCUCCCACGAAGCACAGCUCCUCAACCUUAGCACUGGUUUAACUAUAAGAAAGGAGAGGCAAGAGAACUACAUCCAAAUUAAUGGCCAUGAUGUCUGGCACAGUCAUUAUAACUAUGGCAGUUAUUUGGGUUGGAACUUUGGCACAGAAACCUGGCACUGAAGUAAAGCUUCCAUUUCAGACCAAAAACAGAGAUGCAUGUAUUAUGAGCACCAGUGGCACAACUGAAAUGAGAGUAAAAAUUGAAUGUAAAAAUCAGGGGAAAAGCUAUUUGUGUGAGUUUGCCAGCAAACCGUCUUUCUGCCGGGCAUACAACCAAAAUCCACAAAGAUUCUGGGAACAACUCAGCCAGGAUCUAAAGAAGACUGGAAAUCCAUGUGAGCCUCAAGUGUUUAAGCACAGCAUGUGUCCAAAGGCACCUACUCCUUCUCAAUUCAGGAAAGUUGACCCCAGUACCAAUCAACAAGCUGAUACUUCCAAAGCAGAAAAGAAACCCCCACCAACAAAGAAGCCUACCACCAAAAGACCACCUAUCACCAAGAAACCAGAGCCUCCAAAGGCCAAACAGCUGGAAGAAGAACCAAACCCAAAAGCUACGAAGAUUGCAAAAGAUAAUUGCAGCUGGUUUUUCCAGACAUUCUGCUCCUAUAUUAUUGAGAUUUUCUUAUAAUCUACAGAUGACACACAGAAGAUGGAGGAAUUCCACACAGAUGGUUUCCAAUGGACUCUACUUGUAAAUAGAUUUGACAUUAUUUAGAAAUCUACAGAGCUCUUCCUUCUCUAAAGCCACAUCUACAGAAUCUAUAGAACAAAGAACUGUAUAAUUUGGAGUCUCCUGUGUCCGAAGAACAGAAAUUGUAUAUAUAUAAUAUGUAUAACAUGGUUGAAAGCAAUCUCAUUGCAUUCAAUUAUUUUUUUUAUUUACUUUUAUUUUUGCAUCAUGUUAAGUAAUUAAUAAAAUAUCUAUGUUUACAAUGUA